AUGACAAUUGAACGGAAUAAUGACGCGUCCAACCAGAACAGCGUGGAUCUUGAAAGAAACACGAAAAUAACCUUGCCGCAAGCUGCCUUUCCGGAAGGCGGAGUUCGUGCUUGGAGUGUUGUCGCUGGAGCUUUCUGCAUUUCAUUUUGCACUUUUGGUUAUCUCAAUGCAUAUGGUGUUUACCAGACAUAUUACUCAACACAUCAGCUAGUGGACAGGUCUGGGUCGACUAUUGCCUGGAUAGGAUCCGUGCAAACCUGCCUUCUGCUGGGCGGAGGUAUAGUUGGGGGACCUUUGUUUGAUAGAUUUGGUGCAAGGGUGCUCUGGCCCGCUGCCAUCGCGUUCGUCUUCUCUGUUAUGAUGACAUCCCUCUGCAAAGAUUACUAUCAGUUUAUGCUGGCACAGGGGGUUUUAGGUGGACUUGCAUCUGGCAUUAUGUUCCCACCCGCCAUGACAGCAGUAUCCCAUUACUUCCAUGAAAAACGAGGGGCCGCCUUGGGUGUGACUGUCACUGGAUCGUCUUUGGGAGGCGUCAUAUUCCCCAUUGCCCUGAGUAGAAUGCUUGACAGCAAGUCACUGGGCUUUGCAUGGACUGUGCGUAUCAUUGGAUUCGUCAUGUUCGUUUUGCUUUCCAUCUCACUGGCCACGGUCAGACCACGUCUGCCUCCUCGACAAGGCAGAAUCCUAAUACCUUCCGCCUUUAAACAAACUGCCUACUCCCUUUUCUUGGCUGGAUUAUUCCUCGUUUUUUGGGGCGUCUUCACUCCAUUCUUCUACCUGACAGAGUACGCCAUUGCCAACGGAAUGAACACCAAAUUAGCUUCAUACCUUCUAUCGAUCCUCAAUGCUGCAUCUGUUUUUGGUCGACUUCUUCCUGGCAUAACAGCGGAUCGAGUUGGCCGAUUUAAUACAAUCGUUAUUUUUGGUGUAUGUACAGGAAUUCUGCUUUUUUGCUGGAUUGCCACCGAGUCAAAUGCGGCAAUCAUCAUCUUUGCGGGUCUUUACGGUUUCUUCUCUGGAGCCAUUGUUUCACUGAUGUCACCUUGUAUCGCCCAUCUUGCGCCCACACCUGGCCAUAUCGGUACCUAUCUCGGCAUGGGAAUGGCCGUCAUAUCGCUGGCUGGCUUGACUGGGACUCCCAUUGCAGGAGCCCUGAUAGAUUACUAUCUUGGCUAUACCCAGGCCGCAAUAUUCAGCGGCAUUUCGGUUUUCAUAGGCGGAUUAUUGAUGUUGGGAGCAAAGCUUUGGUUGGGAGGAGGGCCCUUUGCCCGAAUCUAA